AAUACUUGACAAAAAUAUUUGAAUAUAGGGAAAAAAAUUAACAGCAAACAUUAAUUAAACAACCAAUUUCUGCCGACAUGCCGAUCUUAAUGUUGGGUCUGGUUGUGGUUCCUUGGGUCACGACAGCAGCUGGUCGUCUCAUCAGAUAUGCACUGGGACAUGAUAGUGCCAGUUCACCCAGGGUUGACCAAGCAGAACCUGUGGUCCAUGAAUCACCGACAGAGAUGGUUCCACCUCCAGUCGAGACAGAACUCAGAGACAGAAGCUUCAGAAAUCUCAGGUUACUCUACCAGAAUAACGGCAGCAACUCAGACUUAGAUUGUCUGAGUAAGGAAACCCCAGGGCAGAACAACCCAUCUAUUAUUAACAGAUCUCAGCCGGUCAGCGAGAGGCUGAAGCUUUCUCCCCACUCUGCCUGCACAUCAGCAGAACCUGUGGUCCAUCAAACACCGACAGACAUGGUUCCAUGUUUAGUCCAGACAGAGCCGGUCCAUCAAACACCCACAGACGUGGUUCCAUGUUUAGUCCAGACAGAGCCGGUCCAUCAAACACCCACAGACGUGGUUCCACGUUUAGUCCAGACAGAGCCGGUCCAUCAAACACCCACAGACAUGGUUCCACGUCCGGUCCAGACAGAGCCGGUCCAUCAAACACCCACAGACGUGGUUCCACGUCCGGUCCAGACAGAGCCGGUCCAUCAAACACCCACAGACAUGGUUCCACGUCCGGUCCGGACAGAAGUCAGAGGCAGAAGCCGUACAGAGAAACAUGAUGUAGAGACACAACACCCUGCAGGCAGAGGGUCAGAGAAAAUCACCAAGAAACAUUCCACAGCUCGAGAUAAAAUUGCAGCCAUAUUUUCUAGGGCUCAAGCUAAAAUUGCAGCUUUAAAUAUGAAAUUUGUUUUUCAAGGAUCAGAGAAAUAAUGGCUGCUUUUUGUUCAGCCUUUGAGGCAAAAACUGCUCACUCAAUUGGAGAAAACAUUCCUAACUGUAAAGAGAUGCAAUUGCUGCUGUUGUUCCUGCCACCAGAACGAGAAUGUCAGUUUUUUCAAGGAUCAGACGGAGAACUGCUGCUGGUUCUUCGAAAACCAGAGCAGAAAAUUCUGCAGAUUUUUCCGCUGUCACAGCGACAUCUCUGGGUGGAUCUUUCAACACCAGAGACAGAAUUGUGGCUGAGAUAAUGGCAGCCACUCCAUAGGCUUUGACUUUCUGGGUAAUGAAAGUCAGCAACAGAAACAAGGGCAUAAUAGCACUACUUUGAUUCACAAGAGUCCUUCUCACAGCGAGAUGCUAACACUAUCUCCCCUCUCUCUCUACAUUUCUCUAUAUGGAUGCCCUGAUAUCUCUUGCAGUGAAUGAGAGAGCCUGGGAAAGUUUCGACACACUUGACUUAGAUAUCCAAGGAAGGUUGACUUCAAGGGCAACUGGACUUGUUUGAAGAUACUAGAAGGCGUUUAAGUCCCUCAUCCAAGAGACUUCUUCAGUGAUGACUGACUGGUAGAGAAACUCAGCUACUUAAUCUCUGUGGAAUCGUUUGCAAAGAUCAUCUGUACCACUGGUUGACAAUCGUCGUGGUCGUUAGAGCCAGCCAAAGCCAAGUCUGAAUGACCAUUUUUAGCAUCUUCAGCCAAUAGUGAAAAUUUGUUAACAUUCCUGGGUGAUGAAAGGACAGCAUUUUAAAUGGGGGAUAUGUGGUGUCGCAGAGCCCCUCUUAACCUGGGUGUAAAUGGAUUAAUUGACACCUGUUUCAAACCAUCCACUUUGUCUGUUUAAGAGGUGCACAUUUUAGACAGAGGAUGGAUGGUUUGCUCUUGUUUCUGUUGCUGAGUUUCAUUACCCAGACAGUCCAAGUCUGUGGAGAGGCCGCCAUCAUCCUGACACAGCAACCCGAGGUUACUGCAGCCCCUGUGUUCCUAGACGCUCCAGCCACCAGACCCUAAACAACUCCUCUAUCCUCGACCCCUUCAUCCCUCUCCCCCUCAUCCCUCUAUCCUCAACCCCUUCAUCCCUCUCCCCCUCAAUCCUCUAUCCUCGACCCGUUCACCCCUCUCCCUUCAUCCCUCUAUCCUCGACCCCUUUAUCCCUCUCCCCCUCAUCCCUCCAUCAUAAAUACUCCUUAUCAUCAAAAUAAAAUACCUUUUCAUACCUCA